AUGAAGCCCCUAGCAGCAGCUGCACCCUGCUGUCUCCUUUUUCUUUCUGUCUCCUUCGCCUAUGCUGCCAGAGACAGCAGGAGCGGAUCCCCAGGAAUUCCUAUGCCUGGAGGGACCUUAUUAGCAUCAUUUUCUUCUUAUAAUGAGGCUCACCCAAACAAACCUCAAGAAGAUUUAUAUGCUUGGAAGCAGAAAGCUGCUGCUGAGCUGCAGCCGGUGCAAGAGUUGAUAGAGGUGCUGCAGCAGCAAGACCGCGAGCUGCGGGAGCAGCUGCAGCAGCAGCAGCAGCAGCAGCAGCAGCAGCAGCAGCAGCAGCAGCAGGAAGAAGAACAAGAAACAAUAGGAUUAGCAGAGGCACUUCUAAGAAGUGCAGCACUUGCAGCAGAGUUUCAGAAGCUUAGGGUUGACAGACAACUCAUCAAAGACGAUGUAGAGCUCGAACAAGAGGCAGACAGGAUGUAUUCGGAGCUGGUUAAAGUACUUCCGGCUGCGGUGUCUCUUCACCCUGAUAUUUUGUCUCGAGCUCUAGAAGGAGAGAAGGGAGAGUCUUUAAAGCCUUUCUUGCGUUUAGCAUUACCUCCUCGUGUGUCUUGGGCGCAAACAACUGUUUCUUUCUCUAAGUUUAUGAGGUUUCUUCUUGGGUUUCAGAUUAAACAAAAGAAGGGCGGCAAAGGAUAUAAUCUCAACGUACAGCAGGCGCUGUGUAUAGCACAGACAGAUCCAGAACCUGAAGCAAGAGAGCAAGCGCUUCUAGCUCUCGACUCCAUUAUGCAGCAAAAGAAGUUCAGAGAACAAGUCACCAGUGGGAUCCGCCUUAUCAUGCAAGUUCGAGAGGCAGAGGAAAGAGAAAUGGGAUAUGCCGGGGUUCCAAUGGAGGAAAAUUUCUACGGGGAGUUUGAGGCAGCUCACGCUGCUGCCACUUCGGUUGCGGGUGCGGGUUGUGGUUUAUAUAAAAGGGUGCUUAGAAUUAGGAAGCAUAUCUUCUUAAGAAGCAAAGAAGGCUUACGGUUUGGCUGGGGGGACCGUCUUUCUUUGCCUUCUACAGCAGCAUCGGAUGUUGCUGCUGAGUAUGAAGAGGCAUUUGGGGUGAUGGAGACAUCCUUAAGUGCUGUAGCGCCGAGGCGUUCCUUGAUGCAAUCAAAGCUGCUGGAGCUGAAUCCUUUGAUGGGUUCGUUUGUUGCUGAUCCUUCUUCUUCACCAGCUAGCAGCGGCACGUCCCUCAGCACCCCUAGCAGCAGCAGCAGCAGCAGCAGCAGCAGCAGCAGCUGGAGGCGGAACAGCAGCAAGAGUGUGCUCAGCAGCACUAACUCUCUUCUUGUAGAAGCCUUUGCUCUUUGGGGGCGCCAUGUAGCCUUCAUUGAAGACUUAAACUCUGUCUUUAACCCUCAACAGCAGCUAAGAUUAUUGAUUUCCUAUCUUGAUGAGACAAUAGGAAGAGUUGUCAAGGGGUCUCUAAGAAAGUCCUUUGCUAGAAGACUUAAAGCCUGGGCCAACAGCUCAAAGCCUCUGGAAGACGUGGAGAAGGGCUGGCUGAGAUCGUUCAAGGAUCACUUUGGCCCCGAAGGCGACGUCUUUGAUACAUAUGCAGGGGUUCGAUCGCAGUGGUUGUUUUCAGAUGUAGUAGAAGAUUUAAUAAAUUAUGAGGGUUCGACAACAACAGAAGGAAGUGCUUACGGUGUACGACCACCUAAAGCAUGUCAUGUUCUUGCGUUUAUGGCCGUGUUAAAAGUAGCAAAUGAUUCUUAUUUUAUUAAAGGAUAUAAGAAGACUGAACGGGGGCGAAAGCCUACGCAAGAUAACAUCGCAGAGGCCUUCAAUUCUUUUGUUGUAGAUGCAGAGAGAGAUGGUUUAUUAAGAGCACUCGCAGCAAGAGGCGCUGCUGUACACUCUCCUAGGUUCUGGACAGAGGCUAUGCAUGAGACUGUCG